UAAUGUGGUUUACUUCCGUCGACGCCCGGCGAAACCACCUUCAGAUCCGAGUCGACGAAGGUUAUGUUUUCUUUCCAAUGACCUACCAGUAUGAAUGUCACUUUAUAGACUGUAAGUGAUUAUCGGCAAGAAUGCGUUUCGACGAUAUCCUUAAUGAGCUGGGGUCGUUCGGCCCUUAUCAGAGACGCGUAUAUUUCGUAGUAUGUUUGAUGGCUGCUACGACUGCAUUUCACUCCAUGACACAAGUUUUUAUAGCUGGGACUACGGAUCACUGGUGUACGGCUGAGUAUUGGGAGGAUGAGAACUGCACUGAAUGGAAUCUAUCUGUCGAGGAUUGUGAAGAGGCAAAGAAGAAUGGCAGUAUACCAACCAGUUACGAAGACGGGGAUCUUGUUUACGAUCAGUGCGAUAUGUACAAUAUCACAGGCAUGGAAUUCGACCCAUCGUAUGACUCAUCGAUGAAUGGUACAGCCGAAACCAUCCCGUGUCAAGAUGGAUGGGAACACGAUAAAAGUCAGCUGAAAUCAUCCAUUAUACAAGAUUGGGAUCUAGUAUGCGACAAGAAAAACCUACCGGACUAUGCCCAGUCGGUAUUUUAUGUUGGUUAUUUAGUUGGAUCUAUUGUAUUUGGGGUUCUUGCAGACAAAAUUGGGCGAUAUCCCACCCUGUUUAUUUGCCUCGGUGUCCAGGCUGGAUUUGGAGUACUGGUUGCUUUCUCGCCUAACUAUUGGGUGUACAUCGUCCUUCGUUUCUUCCAAGCGGCUGGCAACAAGGCUGUGCUACAAGUUGCCUUCGUCAUUGGUGUGGAGUUCGUCGGACCAAAAUGGCGAACAGUAACCGGAAUAGCCAUCCAGAUUUUCUUCGCCUUGGCCUACAUGCUUCUUGCCAUCAUUGCUUACUUUGUCCGCUACUGGAGGACGCUCCAGAUUAUCAUUUCUGCUCCUCUCUUUCUUUUCUUUUUGCUCAUGCCUUUCAUUCCAGAAUCAGCACGUUGGCUUCUCUCCCAUGGUAAUAGCAAGAAAGCUGAGAAAAUCAUUCACAAAGUCGCCAAGGUCAACAAACGAAAACUACCGGAUCCUCUCUUUACAGAGGAAGAAGUGAAAGAACAGGAAGCUGCAAGCCUAGCCCCUAAAGCUGGUAUCCUCGAUCUUUUCAGGACACCUGUCCUUCGAUGGAGAACUAUCAACUUCAUUUACAAUUGGAUGGUGAAUAACAUGGUAUACUAUGGAUUGACCUAUAGCAGUGGUGACCUCGGGGUCAACGUAUACUUGAACUUCUUCCUGUCCGGUGCAGUCGAGAUCGUCGGUUACGUGGCAGCCAUAUUCGCCAUCGAUUUCUUUGGUCGUCGGCCAAGUAUUGCUACUUUCCUCAUCAUUGGCGGCUCUGCUUGCCUCAUCAAUAUCGGUCUACCAAUUGGAGCUUGGAACACAGCGGUUGCCUUGAUAGGUAAAUCAGCCAUAUCGGCUUCUUAUUCCAUCGUCUAUGUCUACUCAGCAGAGUGCUUCCCUACUCCAGUCAGGAGCGUUGGUGUGGGCACCUGUUCGAUGAUGGCUCGUGUGGGUGCCAUUGUUUCACCCCUGAUUCUCAUCCUAGGGGACUACUAUUACUCCGCUCCUCUUAUCAUCUUUGGGACCACUACCAUCUUGGCUGGGUUUCUUUCCCUUCUCUUCCCCGAGACGCGAGGCAAGAAACUGCCGGAAACCAUUGAAGAGGGGGAAAUCUUCGGAACGAAAGCUUAUGAUGACAAAAUAGCAGCUGACGAGCUGGCGAGGGAGAAAAAAGAAAACGACGUCACCGAAAUACCCCUCGAUGACAUUUCCAAUGGAAAAGCAAAUUCGAACAAAGCUUUCGAAUCAGACAACGCCGUUUAGACAUCUUUAAUUCUACGUGGCAGUAAAACCGAUAGACUUUAUGGAGUCUGAACAAAAUGACCUCAGACCAAUUAGGCAUUGGCAGACAAUUCUCACCCCACGCAAGAUACACCUGCAUGUGUUGCACCUCCACGUCCUCUCCACAUAUGGCUGUCUUAUCUUAUAAUCUCCCCCAAAACAAAAAAUGAAGUGUGGUAGCGCUUGUUCAUUUAAAGAACAUUAUAUUUUUUCUUGAUUUUUAAAAUUGUAUUUGAUUAUUGUUAUCAAACAUUUUCAGGGAGAUUCGCUGACUUUUUAAAAGUCUCUUAUAAUUAUGUAGCUAACGAUGAACUAAAUACCGUUGGUGAAAGCAACGAAGUAGACUAUAUAUUUCGAGACUAAAAUGUGCUGUUGCUCUUACCAUUAUUUUGUUGUUCAUUAUCAAUUUAUCAUCGUUUUUCUUGUUUGUCAUAAAAUCAUCAUCACUAUCAUCAUCAUCAUUAGACGAGCACACUUACUCGCAUCAUAAACGUUCUUCCGUCUUUUGUCAUCGUCACUGUUUGAUAAAUGAAGCUUUUGUGUCAUUAAGCAUUUUAUAACUGAGGAAUCUAUUCAGCUUUGACAUU